AUGCCCGGGGACCUCAUUACGCGGGCGAAGAGGCGGCAGACGACAGGUAGUGCUUACGACGCCGGAGGCGCGGCAGUUGGGACACCGCGAGGCGCCAAGGAAGCUAGUGGCAAGGCGGGUGGUCAAGCAUUGCGCCAAAAGGGCCGACCCGCAGCAAGAAAAACAUCUGGCGGAAGGAGAGGCAAGAAAUCAGCGACGGGAACAAAGCCGAAACGGGGCGAUGAAGACCCCGGUGAUGCGGAGGAAGAGGGGGAUGAGGAGGAGGAGGAGGAGGAGGAUGAGGAGGAGGAGGAGGAGGAGGAGGAGGAGGAGGAGGAGGAGGAGGAGGAGGAGGAGGAGGAGGAGGAGGAGGAGGAGGAGCAGGGUGACGACGAGGAGGAGGAUGUGGAGGAGGAGGAGGAGGAGGAGGAGGAGGAGGAGGAGGAGGAGGAGGAGGAGGAGGAGGAGGAGGAGGAUGAGGAGGAGGAGGAGGAGGAGGAGGAGGAGGAGGAGGAGGAGGAGGAGGAGGAGGAGGCAGCGGAGGAGGAGGAGGAGGAGGAGGAGGAGGAGGAGGAGGAGGAGGAGGAGGAGGAGGAGGAGGAGGAGGAUGUGGCGCCAGUGAAGGGACGGGGCGGGCGUGGCAGACGGCACGAGCAGUUUGUUACACGGGAGGAGUUCCAGGCGCUGCGGUCUGAGAUGUACGCCAUGUUUGCACAGCUCGGCCUGCGUCGUGGAGUAACUGCCAGCUAUGCCGGCGGGUCGGCAGCCCUGCCUAUGGCUGGUACCCCGCCGCCGAUGAGCGCCGUGGACAAGGCACGAGUGCUAGUGUUGCAGGAGACAAACCCAUUCCCGGUAUGUGGCGGGCCACAUGGGGAGGGUUGGGGUUGA